UUUACCUUUACCUCCUCCAUGGACUCAUCGUGUGAUCGUGUGAGUAUUUUUUUUUAACUGAUCGGUGGGGCCUUGGUAUUUGACGGCGCCGAAAAGGCGAAAAGCCUUCCACGAGAAGGUACAGUAUGACAUGGGGACAGAUUCGCUGUGGCUGCAUGGUUUGCUCGUGUGCAUUUAAUUCGUAGGGAACGUCCAUGAAUGGAGAUCUUCGCAGGUAGUAUGAAGAAUAUAAUGGUGGUUGGUUGCACUUCUGUUUGGGUUCUCUGGGACAAGAGAGAUAUGAAGAGCAGCAGCAUAUUUUCAGGCCUAAAACCCAACUAGAUUUGCCAUUUAGAUCCACUAAAAGUCAGAAGCUUCUUUUCCUUUCCUUUCCUUACCCGACCAUGCCGUCUCCUUCAUUGUUGGUCACCAAACACCAACUUCCAUCUUUCGCUACUCCAGUUUACAUCUAACGAAAGUUUUACUGACUGAACUGAACACUUCUGGACUCCCCGUCCUCUCGUUUUCGCAUUGUCGCAUACUACUAAAAUCAACCAAAAACCAAUGAGGAGAAGCUGCGAGUUCACACUCAAGUUAUUAGUAAUCCAGAAGUGGCUUUUUUCCUGGCCUAACAGUAACACCGACUGCUCGCGCGUUGGCUGCCUCUUCCCCUUGAUCUCUAGGAUGUACGAAGCCUCCCUUGCUCCUCAUCUCAUGACACAGACCGGCCUGGGCAUCCACUCCAUUUCGCUGUCAAUACAUGCCAUCCCCUAAUCACUUGACCAAUGUGACGCUCAUGUUGCAAGGAACACCGGAAUUUCUUCUCUGUCCGCCGCCAUCGAAGUUAAUCUUGCCGAUUUAGAUGCAUCUAUUUGUGGUCCCGCGACUCAUCUUUACGACUACGAGGACGCCAUGUGCUUAAGUACUGGAGGAUGUACAUGAAGCAACGAGUGAGUGAUAAGUGAUUGGUACUUCGUACUUGGGAGGGGACAGAGGAGGCUUGGUAGCGAAUUGCUUCUCCUCUUACCACGAGAAUAGAGGCGCGAUUCCAUGGUGCAAUCGAACACAGAUGAGUUAUCUUGAUGAUGAUUUUUCACUCUUUACACAGCCGCUAAAAGCGGCAAAUCAUCAAAUUUCCACGGGACAAUGCCCGUCGUCUCCACUGCCAAGUUCUACCCUUCUAGGCAAACCAGGCAACCAAGAGGCCCGGCCCAUAGUUUCCCGUCUCUUCUGCUCGCAGACGCAGAGAUCCGAUCAUACUACCACCAAGGCCGAGGCAGUGAGGCACGAGCUGCAACUCUGCUAGCUCCAUCCGCGGUCACGGGAGCACGUCCCCACUGAGGCCUCUCACAGUGCUCCUAGCUGGAGGGGGAACCUCGUGUGCCACGUCGGAAUUUUGCUAACGUGUCGCGUGCAACCGUGCCUUAGCUAGGAAGCUCGUCACCAAACAAAGCCACGCGAAACCUCGUCAGUUCGAGGGCGUGAGCGGCGUAUCCCCGUAUUGCCCUCCAAAAAACCACUGUGGGCGGCGUUGCUCGCCCUUGCGUGCCCUCGCCCAGAAAUCUUAUCGCGAAAUCCCCGUAUUGCCCUCCAAAAAACCACUCCCGCCGCAGCAAAUCUCCUCCCGCCACCCAUUAUUCCGGUCCACUGAUUUCUCCCGCCUCGGCACCGCAGCAAAUCUCCUCCCGUCACCGAGUCAAGAAAAGGCAAGAAAAUCUUGGGGAUUGGAAGAGAUCGUUUGUAGGUUAAACAACGAAAAAUUGAAGAAAUGAAAAAGAAAAAAGAGGCAAAAAAAUCAAAAAGAAGCGGUCACCACGUGAAGGAUCUCUCUGGGUCUUGAAACAUCAGCAUGACAAGCAAAGAUAAGAAGCGAGAGCAGUUCUUGAUUUUUUUUCAUCAAGAAUUAGAGAACAGAACAUGCAAAGAUAAGAACAGCUAAUCCCAUCUUGUUAUUAGCAAGUGAUGUGAUCGAUCGAAUCGAGUUGGGAAAAAAGAUCAAAGAACGCGGCCGCAGUGCUUCUGCUUCUGCUCGUCCUCCUUGACUAACACUACCUCCUCCUCCUCGCGGCGGCGGCGGCGGGGAGAGGAGAUCUGGCGUCGACCACCACAUCCGCCGCCGCGGCCACCACAUCCCAUCGGCGCAUCGUCUUCCGCUGGCGCCGGAGCCUCCCGAGGACGCUUCCCGCGCACGUCGGUCGCCGCGCGAGCCGGCAAUCGUGGCUGCCGGCACCGGAGGGAGGAGAAGAGAAGCAGAGCCGGCGGCGGCGGCGGAGGGAGGAGAUCCGGCGCCUCCCGCGCGCGUCGGUCGCCGCGCGAGCCGGCAACCGCGGCUGCCGGCGCCGGAGGGAGGAGAGGAGAAGCAGAGCCGGUGCCGGCGGCGGAGGGAGGAGAUCCGGCGCCGGCCGUCGGUGGAGGGAGGAGGGGAGUCGAAGCGGUGGCGAUGCAAGCGAGAUGCGGGAGGGGAUGCGGUGCGCACCGGGGAGAAGAAAAAGAGACGGCCGAACACAGAGAGAGGGGUAGUUGGGAAAUUAAGUUGUGGAUUUGGUGGCUAGGUCACGCUCACUGUGAGCUUCGUUUCCUUUACUUGUCUCUCCAUCCAAUUAGGUGGUGGGUGUUCUUUGUGCCAACUUUUUAAACUAAGGGUACGGCCACUGUGAGAGGCCUGACACCGCCAUGGUCAUGGUUGUCCCUCCAGGAGCGCGCGGUGGAGCCAAACCCCCUCUUAACCCCACGGCGCACUUGGGAGCUCGAACAGUGACAGCAGCAAUUACGCCACGCGCGCUACUCAACCACCCGAAUUACGCGAGGCGCCCCAGAUCUUGUAGUGGCUGUGUCAUGUGCGGUGGAUGCUGCCGCCGCCGCGGCGGGGCCGGCGCCGGCGGCGGGGGUCGCGGGACCGCGUCGCUGGCCGUCGCGGCGCUGGCGGCGGCCGCGGUGGUCGCGUUCCUGGAGGGGACGGCGAGGGGCGUGUCCUACGUGGGCGACGGGUGGUUCCACGACGGCGUCAGGUGGGACGCCGAGGGCGGGCGGUUCCUGGUCACCACCAUGACCGAUGGCCGCGUCGUGGAGGUGCCCGGCGGCGGCGGCGCGGGUGCGGGGGAGGGGAAGGUGGAGGCGCGGGUGGUCGUGGCGGACCCCGGGGCGGCCGGGAGGUCGGCGACGGGGCUCACCUUGGACGCGCCGAGACGGCGCCUGCUCGUGGUGUACACCGACUUGGCGCCGUGGUUCGGGUACGCCGCCGUGGCCGCCUACGAGCUCGGCUCCUGGCGCCGCCUUUUCCUCGUCCGCCUCGACCGGCCAGGUGAUUCAACGCUCGCCGACGACGUGGCCGUCGACGAGGAAGGCAACGCGUACGUGACGGACGCCAAGGGCAACAAGAUCUGGAAGGUGAGCCCGGACGGCGAGCCGCUGUCCGUCAUCAAGAACGCCACCUUCUUCCAGAGGCCAGGGUGGAUCAACAACUUCGUCGGCCUGAACGGCAUCGUCUACCACCCCAACGGCUACCUCCUCGUCAUCCACACCUCCGGCGGCGACCUCUUCAAGGUCUGCCCGAAGACGGGGAGCGUGCACGUCGUCAAGGUGAAGGGCUCGCUGAAGACCGGCGACGGGCUGGCGCUGCUGUCCCCGACGAGGCUGGUCGCCGCCGGCCUGGUGAGCCGGCUGGUCGAGAGCGACGACGACUGGGAGACCGCCGUCGUCACCGGCCGGUACGUCGGCCCGGCUCACCGGAUCGGCUCGUCGGCGACGGUGAAGGAUGGCGACGUGUACAUCAACCACAUCAUCGGGUUCGGGCUCGGCAAGAAGACGCAUGUCAUCUCCAAGGCGGCGUUCGCGCCUUUGUAGGCGCUGGCGGACUGAUUGUUGACGCCUGAGGAUUAUGCUUCAAGGUUCUUUGAUCUCGUGUUACUUCGGUGACAGAUUGAUUGUUUUAUGCCUGAGGAUUAUGCAUCUAUGCAUAUGCUCGUCCAACGUCCUUUUUUGCAAUCCAUUGCCAGUUUGUUUAGAAAUUAGAACAAUCUCUGCUUGCAAUUGCACGUGUUAUUUUUGUGCAAAUACCAGAUUAAUAUGCGAAGAGUGCACACUUGAUUGUCAAUAGAAGUAUGACUAUGAACUAGUCCUACUAUUUCAGUUUCAAUUGUAGGAGAGUAAAUUUCGCAAGAAUGCAAUUAUUUUGUCAACAGGUAUUUUGAUUGGUGACUUGUAUAACAGUCCAAGUUGAUUC